AUGUCACCACCUUCAGCCGACAUUGAAUCUAUGGAAGUCAGUCAGAGGCCAGAGAUUGAACGAGCAAAUGGAGCAUUGUUUGUCGAUAUUCGUGCAAAAGGUGAAAUUGAUGCAGAGCAUGAUGGUAUCAAACUAGCAGAGGAUGGCCACACUAUACUCAUACCACAACCAUCUGAUGAUCCCAAUGACCCACUGAACUGGUCUACCCUACGAAAAUCCCUCCUGUUCUGCACUAUGGCAAGCGCGUCAUUCUUGACAGACUUCCAAGCCGCCGCGGGUGCCCCAUUGCUUGGACCACAGGCCAAGGAGUGGGGGAUAUCACCAAACCAUGUCAAUUAUGCUGGUAACUUGAAUUUACUCAUGAUCGGAAUUGGUGGUCUCUUCUGGCUACCGAUUAUGUCCUCGUGGGGUAGAGCACCUGUGCUCUUCUGGGUCAACUUCGUCGGCACAUGCAUGACUCUCGGCUGUUGCUUAGUGGAGAAUUUCGCCGGCUACUAUGGUACUCGAGCUGUCAUGGGUUUCUUCUUCUCUGGAAGCCUGACGGUCGGACUAGCCUUUGUCCAGGAUAUGUACUUCUUCCACCAACAGGCUCGGAAAAUUGGUCUUUGGACCAUGAUGCUCUUGGUGGCUCCUUAUACCUCACCGGUCUUUGGGUAUUUCAUCCUGGCGGAUACUCAAAAAUGGCGAACAAUCUUUUGGGUCACCUUUGCGCUAGGAAGCUUCGUGGUGAUGUUAUCCAUCUUCUUUCUGGACGAAACUUGGUAUCGUCGCGAUAUCGCCCCUGCGUCUCAACCAUCGCGUGGUAACAGGAUAUUUCGCGUAAUAGGGGUCUGGCAGCUCCAAACUACACCUGGCUAUUUCAUACGGCCAAAGGAAUCUUUGGUUCGACUUUUUGCCACCUUGAUGAAACCAGCGGUCUUUCUGGUGAUGCUUUACUAUGCUAUGAAUCUCAUGUGGGUAAUUGGCGUGAAUCAGACCACUGGUAUUCUGUUCGGGACUCCACACGAAGCUGGUGGCUACGGGAUGAGCACAAAAUCUGCAGGGUUCUGCGCUAUACUACCCGUAUGUUCGGUCCUCGUUGGGGAACUUGUUGGCCAUUGGAACAACGAAUGGAUCGCAAGACGUUAUAUUCGAAAGCAUAACGGUCUAUUUAAACCUGAGGCUCGCCUACCACCAAUAUACCCAGCUCAUGCACUAAUGGUAGGGGGACUGAUAUUACUCGGCCAGGCUCUUGGACGUCACCUGCAUAUCGGAGCGGUUAUGGUUGGUUGGGGAUUUUUCGUCUUUGGGCAAAUGGUGAUGACCGUAUCGCUCACAGCUUACAUCCUGGAUGCGUAUCCAACAGCUCCUGGUGAGAUCGCUUCGCUGUUGAAUGCUUCUCGUAUCUUGUCAGGGUUUUCGGUUGGGUACUUCCAACUUGGAUGGGGUCAAUCUGUUGGAUGGGCCGCUUCAUUUGGCACUCAAGCAGGGAUCUCAGCGGCAUCACUUACAAUCAUUAUCGUCCUGCACAUAUGGGGCGAGAAAUUGAGAGCUAGGGGAGGUCCUCUGAAGAUAUGA